AUGAACGCUCUCCAGGACGUCGAUGGGCUUUCAGAAUGCAUCGGCAAGGCGAUCCAGGAACAUCUUGCUAGAUUUAACAUCAACAUUGCAUGGCCGCAGCUCGACAACCUGGAUCAUCCCAUCCUUCGUGUCGAGGCUUUUCUCGAGGAAGCCGAUGCCACCCAUGCAGCGAGAGCGCAGUCCGAAAAGAUCGCAUCGAGAACCGUCGAUCUGGCGGGCAUGAGGACGCCAGCCCCCACAGCAAGCCCAGCCGCAAUGGAUCUUCAGAACUUUGAUGAGACCUCGUCAAUGGAUGAGUCUCAUUCGCGGGACGAGUCGUCCUCGUCGGUACAACAACCCCGCGAGCCCCGCAGGAAAGGCACUGGCGGUCUGAGGGUCUCGCACACUCAGUCGUCGUUUCAAGAAGAUCUGAGCGAACACCAACGGCAAAUGCAAGUCGAUAGCCGCAGCUUCCCAAAGCGGAAGAAGGUAGCAUCCGAGAAGUUUGUCUUCCAACCGUCUACUUUGGACAAGCUCAUCAUCGGCAUUUGGGAGCAAGUACAUAGCACGCUCAACCUCGAUCCGAAAGCAAUCUUCGAACAAUUCCAAGUAACGCCCAAUGGAUCCUCCAUGAGUAUGGGCAUGGUCGGCCAUGCGCACACCGAUGAAACACCUUCCGCUAUGGCAGUACUCAACAACGCGCCGAAUCCGAUAUCCGAAUCCUUCAGUCAGAUGAACGUCUUUUGUCGCAAAGUUACACAAGCGAGUCGCGUGUGCCGGUCCAUCGAAAUGAUCGUACAAGCCCGCUGGGUCGAACUGUUUGAGGAGCAGGUGUUAUACCGGAGCCAAUUGAGACCAGAGCUGUCCACAACAAAGCAUAGGAAAGCUGUGUUCAUGGAAGCGUGUCAGGACUUCGAUUGGUCGGAAAAGGAACUGCGCAACAAAAUGGCCAUCUGGCGUGGCUACAAAGAAGUGAAGGAUUCAGCAGGCUGGGCUGCACUUGUCUUCGCUGGCAUGGGCAUAUACCGGUUCUGCAAGUACCGAGUUGGUUUCGAUAAAGAUGCCAUGCGCCGGCUACGGAAUCUGCGAAAACGUCUCGAAGUCGCGGCCGAUACCCUACAUCCCCAUUGGCGCCAGCUUUUGUCCAUAGUAGGCGAAUCGCAAACCCUUCAAUACCCUGGCCAUCCGCACGACUGGGUAGUCUUCGAAGACGGAUCAGAUCCUGUGCCACUACGCCAAACAUAUCUGCUCCAAGACCCUUACUUUGCCUUCGAGCACAUCGACGAGUCGAUCAUCGAUGAAUCAGUUUGGGGAUGCGAAGACCCACGCUGGACGCCACAGUCGAGCGCAGUGACAAGACCAGGCGGAGCCUACAUCUGCGCUCUGUGUAACGAGCCGCAGUCCGACAAACCUCAAGACAAUUCCUGUUUCUGUUUCCCGACCCUGUUCGGCUGUGUAAAGCGAAAGCCACCACCCGUUCAGAUCAUGCGGACUUCCGAUGGCAGAAACAACGGUCUAGCUGCAUUGACCUCCUUCGACCGUGGUACAGCGAUCGGCGAGCUGGUCGGCCUGAUAACGAACGGUGUUAGACAUCUCGAUGUGCUGGAUAGCUCAACACCCCUGGCCAGCUAUCAAAUCUGGCAAGGAAGGGCAGGAAACUUCACUCGCUUCAUCAACCACAGCUCAAGGGAAUAG